AUGGGAGUUCUUGCCGUGUUGAUCUAUGUUCUGAAAGGUUUUAUCGCAGUCCCUAGAUCUCAAAUACCUUCUCUAACGGAAUCCUCAGGAGCUACCCUGCGCAGGUGCGUGUCAAUGCGUCGAAUUGAGGAAGAUUGGGAAUAUCUCGAAGUAUUCGCCCGUAUUCUCGUCGGACUCCAGAUCGCUACCUCCGACAUAUCGACGGCCUUGGAACAGGGUAUCGAAUUAGAGUGGGAAGAUGUGUACGAUGUUGUGAACCCCUUCGGUGACCGCCGUGGAGGCAAGGUCAACAGCGUUUGGACUUUCGAUCUUCACAAGGGUCGAAUUUUUCUUACAAAGUCGGUUCAUAUUUAUUCAGCCCCUCUCGAACUAAGCCUCCAACGACCACUCACCUGGGACGACUUUCAUCCGCUGGACCCUGAAAACCAAACAGCUGAGAGUCUUCAGUCUCUUCCAGAACCCUACUGGGAUCUCAAAAUGGACGUCGCGCCUCGGCAAAGAGCGUUUCUCGGUCGGAUACUCGCUGACUUUGGCCACACCUGGCGGCACAUUCUUCGGAGACAGAUGAACAGCACCACGUUCAUGAAGUUGGCAUACGCUGCCGUCUGGAUUUCAAACAUGCGAUUUGACAUCCAUGAAAGGCUGGGAUUCGAACACGUAGGUGGCAAACGCCGAGAAAUGUAUGUUUGGGUAACAGAUUUACCGAAGUGGGAUUCACCACAAUCUUCAUUCUUCCAGGUGGGUUCCACCUGGUUUGUUUUUGUACAGCAAAUCCAGGAAGGUAUCGAGAUGGCACGAGAUCAUGCGCGCAGUCUUCCGCAGUACACUGAACUUGAAGCCAGUCCUGCCACAUAUGCGAUACUGACUCUUCGGCAAAUUACUCUUUGCAAGAUGGUUCAUGGGGAGGCACUGUGGACGAGACCUGAAAUUUUAUUCGGCGAUAGUCCUUCUGACACGGCAAUCGAUAUGAUGAUAUGGGCCUCCGACAGCUCAACAACAGAGCCUGGUCCAAGUCGAAUUCACUCUCUACCAGUGGAAAUUCAGGACAUCAUUCUCUACUACGCCGCCAGUAGUUCGGUGUCUGCGGGCAUGCUGGGGUGUAUUCUCGAUGUAGGGUCGCCAUUUCCGUGGAAUGAAAGUGGACUGAAGAUCGAAAUUCAAAAAAGAAAGAGGAAAUGGACAGAAAACUCACCAGUUGAAUGGUAUAUAAUGUUCCAUGGUAUUAUGAGCGGUAUUUCAUACAAAAGAGAGCAAGGGUCAUCGACUAAACGAUCCAGGUUUGGCGGGUUUUCCAAGUUGCAGCCCGGCCCUCAUGCCUCUCCACAAACCAUUCCCAAGGACUGA